UAAAAUACCAACGCGAAAACAACAACAACAAAAGCGCUGACAUUGAAAAAUCGAGAAUUAAAAAAAAGGAGAAUAACAACUAAUUUCUGCAAUUAGAGCGAGGAAAUUGCAUGGCGAAAAAUCGAUUUGAGUGCAGCAGCGAUGGAGCAGCGGGCAAACUUUCUGGCACUGACCCUGCUGGACGCUUUGGAGGAUGAGAACGAAACGGACAUCAUGUCCAUGCUGGAGCGGAACACCAUCAACGCUGGCAUCGUGCCCUGCGAACGGGGACUGGCCCCGCUGCACUAUGUCUGUGGGAUGCGUAAUGCCGAGCUGGCCCGCCGCAUCCUGGAACGUUUCCUCGAGUGCCCCGACCUCGAUGUGGACUCACUGUGCGAUGGCAAGACCACAGCAUUGCACAUUGCCAGCAUCUAUGGACGCGAGGAGCUGGUAAGGAUGCUGCUGGAACGUGGCGCUCGUACAGAUCUGGCCGACGAGGAGAACAAGCUGCCCGUGCACUAUGCCAUCGAGGAGUGCCACUUUGAGGUGCUGCAACUGCUGAGGGAUCACAUCUUUCGUGAGAAACAGCGCCUGAAGAGUCAGCGGCAGCGCCUGCAGCCCGGAGAUGCGGUGACUCCUAACCAGUUGAAGUACAACCAUGACACAACGUCGCCUUACUACAUUAACAUCACCCACAGGCGGCAUCGGCCGCAGCCGAAGUUUCCGGACGUAGAAGGAAUUCCUCCACUGCCGGACGAGGAGUCGGUUAACUUGUUCGCCUUGACAGAGGCCCAUCUCACUCAGCUCAUACAGAGCCAGCGGGAGACGGCCCCGCACGAUGAUCCUGACUAUCCCAAGCAACGGUCGCUUAUUGAAAGCUGGCGGGAAAAGGUGGAACGCUCACGCGCACGUCAAUCCUUGCUGCAUCAGUAUGACGAGCAUGUGGAGGCCCUUGUGGAGGAGGCCAUGAGCCAGGAUGACUUCAACUAUGAGCAGCACUUGCAGCAGAAGCUGCGCAGCGAGGAGAAGCCCAAGGAUCAGCAGGAUGAGGCUCCGGGCUCGGGCCGUCAAAUAUUGGAGCACCUAGUGGAGCAGGUAUCGCGGGCAGUAGUUGUUGCACCGGAGCCAGAGCACAGCUUCUUUACAGCUCAAGGAGAGGAGGAGGAGGUGCAGCUAGAGGUAGAAGCGGAAGCUACCGAUAAUCUCUCCCGCCAAGAUGAGUAUUUCCUGCAGAUCAAGGAGGCCUAUGUGCAUACGGACGAUGAGAAUGGUCUUGUGUUUUACGAAGCCAAGUUUCUGCAGAAUACCGAAAAGCGGGAGCAAGCCAAGCGGCCACUGGUGGAGAAGUCACCGGAAUUGGACAGCACGGUGAGCACGAAUCUCACCCUGCCGCUGGAUUAUGAAACUGACGCUCUACGUAAGGAGCUAACCCAGCUGGGUGCUCCGGUGGGUCCCAUUACCAAGACCACAAAGCGGCUGUACAUCAAGCAGCUGAUCAAGUACAAGCGCAAUACGGAGGCCCUCCUGGCUGCCCAGAAGCAUGCACAAGAGGCGCAGAUGCGCUAUUCCGUAGAGUUGCAUCGCACUCUCCGUUCGUCGGAGGAUUUUGCCAGGAUCAACGAGUACAUGUUGCAUGAGGUAGCCUCUGCCGAGCAUUUCGCCAAGACCAGUCUGCCGAAGAAGAACCUGCGCGAGGGCCACAUCAAGCAGAGCUUCAUCUACAUGCUCAUAGAUCCAAGAAUCUCGCGGAAUUUACCCGGGGAAAGCGCCUUUCUGGACAAGUUUGGGAUAUGGCAGCGUUUUCUCGACUCGAUCUUCUACGUGGGCAAGGGCAAGUCCUCGCGACCGUACGCUCAUCUCUACGAUGCCAUGAGACAGCACACGCGGCUCCACCAGCAAAGGGACAAGGACAAGGCGAAGGCGGCUGCUGGUGGCCGCGGUGGCGGAUUCCGCACAUUGCAGCCGGAAGUCUUUCGUUCGCCGCCGCCGGUGAGCGGCAAAAUGGGCAGCCGGAAGCUGGAGCGCAUCCUGGAAAUAUGGCAGCAUGGCAGUGGAGUCGUUUGCCUGCAUGUCUUCCACAACAUUAUGCCCAUUGAUGCGUACACCCGUGAGGCUUCCAUCAUUGAUGCCAUGGGUUUGGCUCACUUAACAAAUCUCAAGCGUGGCGAUUACUAUGGACCUGCCCAAUCCUGGACGAUGAAGCAAAAGAAGCAGUUGGGCAUUGCCCUGCUCUUCAAGGCCAUGCACAUUUACCUGGCGGAGGGAGAGUCCCAGCUCUCCCCCAGUGACCUCCUGUGAGGAGUGCAGAGGGGAGUAAAGGAAGCACAACCUGGCCAUAGGCCCGAGUACAAAGUGCAUUGGCGCAACUCGAAAAUGUUCAAAGCUCGAUCUCAAGAUUGCUUUUAGUAGAAAUUAAGACAAAAUGUGGAGGCAAUAGCGUCUCAAUAGAUAAACGAAUUUCACUAAUAAAUUAAA